ACCUAAAGGAGGCUGCUUUAACCGACCGGAGCUCCGUUCGGUGAAGGCGCUCUCCUCUCUCCCUCUAAUAUAUCUAUUUGAAUUCUGCCCUUGUUUAGAAGAUCUUACAACUUACAAGGGAAGAAACUAGACAAAUUUCAAUGGCGACGGCGUCGGACGCUCGAGCUGUGAAGUCUCUCGAUGAGACGGGUCGAAAGCGCUUUGUUUUCAAAACUUUCACCCAACAAAUAGAAGAAGUUGAAAUUGACGUUUACCGGAGUCUUGUUCCUGUUAAGAUAGAGCCCUCUGAAGGGUCAUCUUUUUUCAGGGAUUGCCUUGUUGAAUGGAGGGAACUGAACACUGCUGAAGAUUUCAUAUCUUUUUAUGAAGAAAGUAUGCCGUUUGUGCAAACUCUACCCCAAAUAAUACUGCAUAAGGAGCUGAUUUGUACAAAACUACUCUCAAGAUUGCAAAUAAAUGCGAGACUGUCACUUGAACCCAUAUUGAGGCUGAUUGCAGCCUUGGCUAGAGAUCUCCUGGAGGACUUCUUGCCAUUUCUUCAGAAACUAGCUUGUUCUUUAGUGAGUCUUCUAAAAAGUGGAGCUGACAGGGAGCCAGAAAUUAUUGAUCAGAUAUUUACUUCAUGGUCAUGCAUUAUGAUGUAUUUGCAAAAAUAUCUCACACGAGAUAUUGUGUCUAUUGUCAGGAUUACAGUUAAAUUGAGGUACUACUCCAAGGAAUAUGUACAAGAGUUCAUGGCAGAAUCUGUGUCAUUCUUGCUACGGAAUUCCCCUGUUGAGCAGCUCAUUAAAGGCAUAAAAAGAAUCAUGCUUGAAGUUACUAAGAAACCUGUGGAGUUCAGAAAAUCUGGAUCCAGUGCUUUAUUAUGGUAUGCCAUGAGAGGAACUUCAUCAAAGUUGCAUUCAAGAGCAGGGCAGGUGCUGCGGUUAUUGAUGGAUAAAUCAAUACUGGGCAUUGGAGACAACGCUGUUCAAGACAACAAUCCUGUCAUGGAGGUUGUCACUACUGUUUUCCAAAGAUUAUGCCAGGAGCUUGAACCAAAGGAGUUGAAUCUACUGUGGGACUGUUUGAUCCAGGGCAUUUCUGAGUCUGUUACUGUUACAGCAGUUACCAAUGGUUCUCAAAUGCAUCUGAGUAGAUUGUUGUCCCUGCUUGUUACUACAAUUGAAAUUGAGCAUGUGAAAAAACUUUCAGAUUUCAAACCUUUCCUUCAACUCAUUGAGGUGCUUAUACGGAAAUUUAUAAUGCCUUCUGGAAUAUGUAAACCUGACGAUCAACCUGAAGUUGUUAAUGAAGUGCUACAGCUAAUGCGGUGCAUACUUGAUGGGCUUCAUCUUUCUAGUAACAUGCAAAUUAUUUAUAGUCUAUCAAAUGAUUGGAGUCCUGUUUUCAAAUUGAGAAAUUCAAGUUUGCUUGCAUUUAUUCAUAAAUUGCUUCUGAAGGACCCAAGUAUUAUACAUGCCUUCAAACACAACAUAAUAAGUGCAUUGAGUGAGCUUUUAGAAGACAAUGAGGAAGAAGUUAUACUUCUGUUGGUUAUUUUCUGUGAAAGAAUUAAGGUGCAUCACUCCAGCUUUUUAGAGGAAGCAUCAAAAGAAGACAUUUCAAAGAUCUCCAGAUACUUGCAGAAGAAUGUCCAAUACUGGAUACAGACGAUCAAUGAUAUUGUGUGUGGUGAACUGGAGUAUCAGUUCCAGAGCUCUAAGCUGGCUUUGCUUUGGGCAGUCAUUAGCUGCUACCCAUAUAUGAUAGACAUCCAAUCCAAUUCAUCCUUGUUAUUGGAUUUUGUAGAUGCAGUUGACCAACUUCUUAUGACUGCAUCUGGAAUCACGUCAGAUUUUCAAUGUCAGACAUGGGAAGGCCUAAUUGGUGCUGCUUUAAGUUCCUAUAACAAACUGCUUGUUGAUAACCACAAUAGAGAUAGAGAUUUGAGAUAUUUCUUACAGAUUGUAGAAAGGCACAAGUUAUCUCCACAAAUCCUGAAUAGUGUAGCUGAUAUGCUGGACUCUAUAAAUGGACCUCCGCUGGAAGCAGAUGGAAGCAAUGAAGCAUUAUUGCCUGUGGAACUUGGUAUCAACAAAUCUGAGGAAUUAUUUUGCAAGUUGAAUGAGAACUUGAGCCAUCCCAAGAAAAUAAUCCGGCUUUCAACUUUAAGGAUACUAUGCCAUAUUGACCCUUCUAGUGGUGAAGUCUCUACCAAGAAUCAGCAUCAUGUUGACAAGACAAUGAUAACUGAAUCAUCCGAGACUUUCUUUGCCAACAAUGGAGUAAAUGUUCUCCAGCUCUUUUUGUCCAUAGAGACAACUCCUCUUUCAGUAGGCUCCAGUAGAACAAUUGACCUUUUGAUUUCAAGAAUAGAGACUGCACUUGCUGCUGGAAACAUAUCUGACUCAUUUAUUUCAUCUGCUUUAUACGCGAUUAUUGGCAUCUUGCACAACCGCUUUACGUAUUUAUGGGAUCCAGCUUUGAAGUGUCUUGCAGUUCUAAUUAGCAAGCACAUUCAAACAACAUGGGAUAAAUUUGUCAAAUAUCUGGAACACUGCUUAGCUAUGUGUCUAGCAUCAAAAGACACGCCUGAUGAAGGCAAAUCUGAAACAACUUCUAGUGAUUUGGUUGAGCGCUUCAAUUUGUUCCUUUCCCCUUCAUCUGACAGUAGCACUCCUUGGAUGUCGGUUCUCUCCUCAUUGAUACAAUGCCUGCAAAAAAUUCCAUCUCUAACUGAAUCUAAGUCAAGGCAAAUGGUCCCUCUGUUCUUAAGGUUUCUGGGCUACAACAGUGAUGAUGUUGUCUGUGUGUGGUCAUUCAACAUAAAGGCAUGUAAAGGAAAAGAUUGGAAAAGUAACCUUAAGGAGUGGUUGCAACUGUUUACAUUGAUGCGGAAUCCCAAGUGCUUAUAUAAGGGUCAUUUUCUUAAAGAAAUUAUGCAACAUAGGCUUCUUGAUGACAAUGAUUAUGAGAUACAGAUAAAGGUUCUUGAUUGCCUGUUGAAUUGGAAAGAUAGUUCCUUGCUUCCCUAUGAUCAACACCUAAAGAAAUUAAUCUGCUCAAAAAAUCUAAGAGAGGAAUUAACAACAUGGAGCUUGUCCAAAGAAUCCAAGCUUAUUGAAGAUCAUCACAGAACUUAUCUCGUUCCUUUGGUUAUUCAAAUUUUAAUGCCAAAAGUACGGAAGCUGAAGACAUUAGCCUCUAGAAAGCAUAAGAGUCUGAACCAUCGGAAGGCAGUUCUUGGAUUCCUGUCACAUGUUGACAUCAAUGAGCUUGUUUGUUUCUUUGCGUUGCUAUUAAAGCCAUUGCUCAACAUAUCCCCUGAAAUUUGGUUUGAGGAGAUCUCCAAAUGGUCUUGGGAUUCGUCUGAAAGGUUAAUGCAUAAUGCUGAUGUGUGUAGUAUCUUAAAGUAUUUCACUGAGAAAAAUAUACUAUCUCUUUCUUGGAAGAAAAGAAAUGGCUUUUUGCAUGUCAUUGAAGAUAUUCUUGGAGUUUUUGAUGAACUGCAUAUCAAACCUUAUCUGGAUCUGCUAAUGGGUUCUGUCAUCCGCAUACUCUGGAGCUGCACAGUAAGCAUUGACUGCUGGAAAAACAGCAGAUUAACUGAAGACGAGACUAUCAGUGAAGCAGAUGGUUAUGACAUGACUAGCACCUCUGUGAAGCAACUGAAGGACAUUCGAACUUUAUGUCUGAAAAUAAUUUCAUUCAGCCUUAAUAAAUAUGAAGACCAUGAUUAUGGCAGUGGAUUUUGGGACAUGUUCUUUGCAUCAGUGAAGCCUUUGAUUGAUGGUUUCAAGCUAGAGGGUGCUAGUAGUGAGAAACCCAGUUCAUUAUUUUCUUGUUUUCUUGCUAUGAGUAGUAGCCACAAGCUUGUAUACUUGCUUCAUAAGGAGAAUAAUCUUGUUCCGGAUAUCUUCUCCAUGCUAAAUGUCAAGACAGCAUCCGAAGCCAUUGUUUCUUGCGUAUUGAAGUUUGUGCAGAACCUUUUGACUCUGGAUAAUGAAUUAGAUGAAGGAGAUGACGCCAUCAAGAGAGUGCUACUUCCUAACCUUGAUGUGCUUGUCUGCAGUUUGCACAGGCUUUUCAGGUCCAGCACUGUCACAAGGAAAUUGGUGAAGUCCCUUGGAGAAAGAGAGCUCAGGAUUCUCAAGCCAUUAUUGAAGUACAUCAAAGAUCCUUCUGCAGCUAAGAAAUUCGUUGAUAUCCUGCUCCCGCUACUUGCAAAGGGCAUAAAAAAUUCUGAUGCAUGUAUUGAAGCACUGGAGGUGAUUAGACAGCUUAUACCUAUUUUGAAUGAUGAUUGCACAAGAGACAUUCUAUCCUCUGUUCCCUCACUUCUCAUUUCUUCUGGUCAAGAUGUCCGGCUGUCUAUUUGUGAUCUUCUUGAUGUUCUUGCUGAAAGGGAUUCCUCUGUAAUCCCCGUGGCAAAACUUAUCCAUGAACUGAAUGCAACGUCUACCACUGAAGUUGGCAGUCUGGACUAUGAUGUAAUAAUCGGUGCUUAUGAGAAUAUUCGGUCGGGCUUCUUUCAAACUGUCAGAGAGGAACAUGCUCUAAUCUUUUUGUCUCAUGCUGUGCAUGAUAUGUCAUCUGAAGAAUUAAUUUUAAGGCAAAGUGCUUAUAGCUUAUUGCUUUCAUUUGUUGAAUUCUCUGCUGAAAUUAUUGGAGUGAAAAAGUUAGAUGGGUGUUGGACUGAAGCAUGCAUCCACAAGAUUGUGAACAAGUUCCUCUUGAAACAUAUGGGAGAUGCAAUGACCAAAGAAUCAUCUGUUCAAAAGAUAUGGCUUGAUUUGUUGCGGGAAAUGGUAUUGAAGCUUCCAACUGUGCAUAUUCUUGAACCAUUUAAGGCAUUGUGCAAUGAAGAUGCAGAGCAAGAUUUUUUUAAAAAUGUUCUUCAUUUACAGAGACAUAGGAGAGCAAGGGCUUUGACAAAAUUUAAGAACUUUGCCGACUCUGGCAAUCUGUCGGAGGCUGUGUUGAGUAAGAUAUUUAUCCCUCUAUUUUUUGCGAUGCUAUUUGAUGUUCAAGAUGGAAAGGCAGAACACUUGAAAAAUGCAUGUGUGGAGGCUCUUGCAUCUGUUUCUGUUAAUAUGAAAUGGCAGUCAUACUUCACAUUUCUGAACAAAUGCUUCCGAGAAUUGGUUAGGAGGCCUGACAGGCAGAAAAUUCUCUUUAGGCUUAUUUGCUACAUUCUGGACCACUUCCACUUUACUGAAGGUCCUAUUGUUCAAGAAGCUGACUUUUCAGCUAUGGAUGUAUCAAAACCAGGCAUGGACGAAGCAACCUAUUCAACUAAAUCUAUUGAUAUUUCUGAAAUACACUCUUGUCUUCAAAAAAGUAUAUUGCCAAAGAUUCAAAAGCUGGUGAGAUCUGAUAGUGUUGAUGUGAACACCAAUCUUGUCAUGCUCAAACUAUUAAAAUUGCUACCUAUUGAUGUCUUGGAGGUGCAACUUCCAAGUAUCAUGCAUCGCAUUUCUAACUUCCUUAAGCAUCGGCUGGAAAGCAUACGUGAUGAAGCUAGGAUUGCUUUAGCAGCCUGUUUGAAAGAAUUAGGUCUGGAUUACUUGCUUUUUGUUGUGAAAACGGUUAAAUCCAUCUUAAGACGAGGAUAUGAAUUGCAUGUAUUGGGGUAUACUCUUCAUUUUCUUUUGUCAAAACAUCUUGCAACUCCAACUAUUGGAAGAUUGGAUUAUUGUCUUGAGGAGCUUCUUUCUGUGGCGGUGAAUGACAUUCUUGGAGAUGUUUCAGAGCAAAAAGAGGUAGACAAGAUAGCAUCAAAAAUGAAAGAGACAAGAAAGGUAAAGUCAUUUGAAACCCUAAUGAUUAUUUCUCAAAAUGUCACAUUCAAAACCCAUGCCUUGAAGAUGCUUUCACCAAUCACAGCUCGUCUGCAGAAGCACAUGACACCUAAAUUGAAAGUGAAAUUGGAAAAUAUGCUGAGCAAUAUAGCUGUUGGCUUUGAGAGCAAUCCAUCUGUGAAUCAGACCGAUCUGUUUAUAUUUAUUUAUAGCCUUAUUGAAGAUGGAAUUAACAGCGAAAAUCAUAAACAUGCAACCGCAGUUGUAAAACCUAACCAAGCCUCUGAAGAUGAGAUUAACACUCCAAGAGUCAUCACACAGGGAAGGUUGAUUGAUGCUGGUCGACAAUGUUCUCAUCUUGUGACUGUUUUUGCUCUUCGUAUGCUUCAGAAUCGUUUGAAGAAUAACAAAGCAGAUAGGAGGGAGGAACAAUUGUUAGCAAUGUUGGACCCUUUUGUCCGAUUGCUCUCUGAUUGCUUAAAUUCGAAAUACGAGGAUGUUAUGUCUUCUUCACUUAGAUGUCUUGUUCCAUUACUUAGUUUGCCUUUACCAUCCAUAGAAUCACAAGCUGAUAAAAUAAAGAUGUCUUUGUUGGUAAUUGCUCAAGGUUCAUUAAAUGCAAGCAGUCCCCUAACGGAAUCUUGCCUGAAGUUGUUGACAGUCCUACUGCAGAGUACCAGUAUUACCCUUUCUACGGAUCAAUUGCAUAUGUUGAUCCAAUUUCCAGUGUUUGUUGAUCUUGAAAGAAAUCCAUCGUUUGUUGCUCUUUCACUCUUAAAAGCGAUUAUUAGGCGAAAGUUGGUUGUCCAUGAGAUAUAUGAUGUCGUCACAUGUGUUGCAGAACUCAUGGUAACUAGUCAAGUUGAACCGAUCAGAAAGAAAUGCAGUCAAAUCCUUUUGCAGUUUUUACUUGACUAUCAUCUUUCUGAGACACGCUUGCAACAACAUCUUGAUUUCCUGCUUUCAAAUCUGAGGUAUGAACAUUCUGAAGGAAGAGAAGCUGUUCUUGAACUGCUCCAUGCUAUCAUUGUCAAAUUUCCAAAGGAUGUAAUAGAUGAACAUUCCCAUAUGAUUUUUGUCCAUUUAGUUGUCUGUUUGGCCAAUGAUCAUGACAGUAAAGUCCGGUCCAUGACUGGUGCUGCUAUAAAACUUUUAAUAGGACAUGUCAGCUCACGAGCACUUGAUUCCAUCCUCGAAUUCAGUUUAUCUUGGUAUAGUGGCGAAAAGCAACAGUUGUGGAGUGCUGCUGCUCAGGUAUUAGGUUUAUUAGUGGAGGUGAUGAAGAAAGGAUUUGGAAGAUACAAUGACACUAUCUUGUCAAUGAUGAAAGUUAUUUUGCAAUCUUCUAUGAAGGCUUGUGAAAACAAAGACCUGGGUAAUUCUGAUGAGGCCUCUAUUCCCAUGUGGAAAGAGGCAUAUUACUCCCUAAUUAUGUUUGAGAAGAUGCUUCACCAGUUCCAGGAUUUGUGCUUAGCAAGUAAACUUGAGGAUAUAUGGAACAUCAUUUGUGAGCUACUUUGGCAUCCACAUAUGUGGUUGCGCAAUAUAUCAAACCGUCUGGUGGCCAUAUACUUUAAUUCUGUAGCUGAUGCGACGAGCAGAGGAAAUAAUGAAAGGCCUUUUGGAACUUACUUUCUGACAACACCAAGUAAACUGUUUCUAGUAGCUUCUUCUUUGUGUAGUCAUCUGAAGUCUGAAAAUAUUGACAAUGCAACUGGUAGCUUGAUUACACAAAAUGCUGUCUUUGCAAUUUGUGGUAUUCAUUCUUUGAUGGGAGAGAGACAAAGCAUGAACUUUGACACUAAAGAGAAUGAGAUUUUUCUCAAAGCUUUUCAGUUACUCGAGUCAGGAAAAGGAAGAACAGAAUUUGCUACCAUUAUUUCUGGUGAUAACAUGCAAGAAAAUGGCGAUCAUCAGUCUCCACUUGUCGUUUAUUUGCUCAAGAGAAUGGGAAAUGUUGCUAUUCAGAUGGAAUCUAUACAGAUGAAAAUUGUUUUCAACAUUUUUACGUUACUUGCAAAGAAGAUUACUAGCCAAAACAAUGUUUCAGCUGACACAACUGAGCAUGAGAAACAGAGUUAUGUCUAUCAAUUGCUUCUGCCCAUUUACAAAGUUUGUGAAGGAUUUUCUGGCAGAGCUAUACAAGAUGAGAUUAAGCUGAUGGCACAAGAGAGCCUUGAAAGCAUAAGAGAUACAUUAGGUAUGCAUAAUUUUGUACAAGUGUACAACGUAAUCAGGAAGGAUCUGAAGGAGAAUAGGGACAAGAGAAAACGAGAAGAGAAACUCAUGGCGGUUGUUAAUCCAAUGCGAAAUGCCAAGAGGAAGCUGAGACUAGCAGCAAAAAGUAAAGCCAACAAGAAGAGAAAAGUCACGAGUUUGAAGUUGACACAAUGGAUGCGCUAAUACUAUUAUAACAAGUGAGAAACAAUCUCUUGCGCCCGCAUCAGAUUGCAAUUUUGGGACCGGAUAAUCAUUUUAAAUUAGUUGUUCAGCCUUUUUGUCUUUAUAGCUUACACUAACUAAAUCAACCAUUUUUUCAAUGUUUUUGAUUUUGUGUGUACAUGUAUAUAAUAUUUAUUUAAAAGUCUGCAUUUUAAUUUGUUUU